AUGAGUACAACAGUUCGAACGAAUAAUACGAUUGAAGAAAAUGAAAAUCUCGAAUCAUUCUAUAUUAUUUGUUUUGACGAUUCUAUAAAAAAUGAAAUUCGACAAGAACUUCGAUCUAUUAUCAAUUAUCUAUUAGUAUUCCAAGAUGAACAACAAUGUCUUCAAUACAUUGAUUCUGUAUCUAAAUAUGAUCAAGUUAUUUUAAUUGCUAAAAGAAAACUAAGCCAACAUUUUAUUCCACAAAUUGUACAUCUACAACAAAUUAUUUCUAUUUAUAUUCAUUCAAACGAUAAAAAUGCCAAUGAACAAUGGACGAAAAGUUCUAAUAAGGUAAAAGAAGUGAUUGUACAACGAAAUGAACUUGCUCAAUGUAUCCGCAAAGAUUAUAAUCGACGACAAUUUUAUAAUCUCGAUGAAACGUUGACAAUGAAAUUUUUUAAUUCGAAAAAAACCGACGAAAAAUUUCUAACUACUUCAUUGAAUGACGAUUUUAUCUAUUCACAAAUGUUAAUCGAUUGUUUAAUUGGUACAACGCCAGUGUCUAACGAUAAAAAUGAACUUGUUGCACUAUGCAAACGACAAUAUAAAAAUAAUUCUGAUGAAUUAAAUAUUCUAGAAGAAUUUGAAAAAGAUUAUUUGCCUGAACGAUCAUUAUGGUGGUAUACUAGACAUUCGUUUCUCUAUCGACUCAUGAAUAAAGCAUUUCGAAUAGAAAACAUCGACUUAUUGUUACUAUUUCGUUUUUUUAUUCGUGACAUUCGACAGCAAUUAAUAAAGAACAAAGCCGCAUCUGCCAUUCGCGCUUAUCGAGGUCAAUUCAUAUGUAAAGAAGAUUUGGAACUAUUGACUAAAUUUUCGGGAGAAUUUAUUUCGAUGAAUUCAUUUCUUUUAGCUAGUUCUGAUUAUGAACAAACUCGAUCUUCUCUCUUGUCAUUCACAUCGUCAUAUCAAAUCGAAAAAGUAUUAUUUGAAAUCAAUGCCAAUCCACAGUCCGACAAUCUCAGAGCUUUUAGUAAUAUCACCUCGUUCAGUUACUACCGAAAUAAAGAAGAAGUUUUAUUUAUGAUCGGUUCAAUAUUUCGACUUGUUCGAAUAGAUCGUGAUAUCAACGGUAUUUGGCAUAUUCAAUUAAAUCUAUGUGCCAAUAAUGAUCAUCCAUUACAAUCAUUUAUUCAACAAAAAAAGAACGAAUUCGAUAUUUUAGAUACAGAUCUAAUUUCGCUGGGUUUUAUUCUUGAACAUAUGAAUAAAUUGGAUGAUGCAGAAAAAUACUAUCGUUUUGUAAUUAAUCAAUUACCUAAAGAUCAUAAUGACAGGGAUCGAUGUUAUCAUGCAUUAGGUGAAGUAACUCAAAAGAAAGGUGAUUAUGAUGCAAGCCUAAAAUGGUACAAGAAAUCAAUUGAAAACGACUUGCAAACGUCGAAAGAAGACAAUCCAAAUAUUGCAACGAGCUAUAAUAGUAUUGCUGUUGUCUAUUCAAGAAAAGGUGAUUAUGCACUUGCAUUAGAAUCAUAUAGAAAAGCAUUAGAAAUCUGGAAGAAAACACUUGGUGAAGAUCAUCCAGAUGUUGCCAUGUGUUAUAAUAAUAUGGGUAUUAUCUAUCAUGAAGAAGGCAAAUAUUCUGAUGCAUUAGAGUUUUAUCAUAAAUCAUGGAAUAUUCGUCAGAAACAUCUUCCUGUUGAAAAUCGUAGUUUAGGUCAGUUGCAUGCAUGUAUUGGCAAUGUACAUUGUCGUCUUAGAAACUAUGAUCUAGCAUUAGAACAUUAUAAUCUAUCACUUGAAGCCUUUGAAAAAUCUUUUCUUUCUCAUUAUCCGGAUGUUCCAAUGGUACUCCGAAAUAUGGGUCUCGUAUGUCAAGCGAAAAAUCAAUAUCAACAAGCAUUAGUUUAUUUGAAAAAAGCAGCGACAGUCUAUCGUCAAUCAAUUUCUGCAACACAUCCUGAUAUUGUACAAAUUGAGAAAACUAUUCGUUAUGUUUCAUCGAAGCUAUGA